AUGUGUUUGAGUGUGUCCAUUUCUCGUCAACUCCCUUCUGACCAACAAUUGUCAGGACCUUCAGUCAUUGACACACUGCUGAACUCGCACGAUUAUCACUCGGGUUCGCAUUCCCAAUUACCUUCCAACAUUCAGCCGUUGACUACUCAAAAUAUAAAUCAUACGCCCCAGGGCGUAGGUGGCAGCAGCAGCACUGGUGGAUCCACCAACAAUACUAGUAACAAUAACAAUAAUAAUAACAACAAUACCAAUAGUAACAACAUCAACAACAACAACAACAGCAACCUUAAUAGCAUUAUACCCCCCGGGAGCUCCAGUAGCAAUAAGGGCUCUUCAGUUACUUCUCCAAUCUCUUCUGCUGGCUCUUCUUCUUCUUUCAACAAAUCUUCCGAAUUAGCUCAGAUUGUUGUGGCCCAACUUACUGUGCUAUCCACCACUAUUUGUGAAGAAAAUUGGGACUACACUGUAAAACAAAUCCAUCAGCUCAUUGAUCAAAACGGACCUGAAGUCUACGCUAAAUUUUUCAGACGUCUCAUCCUCACUUGCUCUCCUCAAGUCUUUAGCAAGACCCAGACCCAAUCCCAAUCUGGAAAUAAGAGUGACCACGUUCCAUUUGCUCUCCGCCUCCUCACUGAAGAAGUCAAAUCUCUUUCAUCUGAUCCUUCUAUCUCUUACCGCUUUGCUGUUUCGGUGACUUCUGAUCGUGACCCAAUCAAAAAUUUUGACUUAAUCACCUUUUUCAAUUUCUUUCAACUCGAUUCCUACCAGCAAUCCGUUCUUUCUAUUUCAAUCAAAAACUCAACUACUUUAGACUCAUUUAAACAACAGGCUUUUGAUAUUCUUCAAAAAGAGUUUACUGGCUUGAUUGAAAUCAUCUCAAAUAAGGAUCUUUAUCCACAAACACUCACAUCCGGCACUCUUUCUACCUUCUUUAAGCAAUACGCCCAGGACCCUGUUCCUCCUUUCUUCUUUGCCGAAAAAAGAAAACUUCUUUCCGCAAUCAUUUCUCGCCUUGAGCACGAGCCCCUCCCUAGUGACCUCCAACUUGCUUAUACUAAUAUGAGUUCUGCUGAAAACAAAAUCAAUACUCUCAGCGGUUUGCUCCAACUUCAAUUAGGCUUUACUCUGGCUGCCCCUGAUGGUACGCCUUUGCCAAACCCUCCUCCUGUUGAAGAAAUUCCUACCUCUUCUGAACUUUCCUAUAAGAUUUCAAAUCUUCCCAAACCUAUUACUGAUGCCGAUGUUGCUGAGGCCCUAAUUGUGCUUUCAAAUACAACUAAUGGCUGGGACUGUAUUCUUAUCGCUGAUGCUUUUAGCGAAGCUUCCAAUCUUAAAAACAUCAACUGGGAUAAUGUUUUUAACCAUUUGGAGUCCCCCAUUCAAUAUGAUGGCGAAUCACUGUCUCUUAGUCUUAAUCAACCCAAACUGGUUAAUUUUUCAAACCUUUUUGCUAAGAUUAAUGACGAUAUUGUUGCGGCAUUUUACUCCCGCGCUUGGAAUGAUUCUAAUAUUCAACUGAGCAUUUCAAUCAACUCCUUUUACAUUCCUCCUGAGCUCUUUGAAUUUCACAAGCAUAACCUUGCAAUGGUCCUUACUCCUCCUAUUUUUGCAAAUGCUCCUGAAUCCAUUAUGCGCAGAGCUGGUCUCUUAUACCACCCCUUUAAUAUUUCUCCCAUUGUUCACAGGUUUUUAGAAUCUGUUGCAAAGGAAGACGGAAAGGGUCAUGCAACUAAGUUUUUGGAUGCUCACGGCAAGGAGUUUUCUGAGCUCUUCUUUUUUGGUGCACUUACCUUACCAGAACCAAGACCUCCUAUUAUAGAGCGUGUUAUUGAGAAUCUUUUUGAGCUCACUUUCCUUCGUCACGUUGAUAAUGAGCUCACUUUUUAUGCUUUCCCAUUUUUCAACAAGAAUUAUCUUGUCCAACGUCUUUUUGAUCAGUACAAUAAAGACCCUCUUUCUAUUAGUUACAUUUUCGAUGCUGCUCGGAUCGCCAAUAUUAUAUCUGACCUUUUAACCAUUGAUCACCCUGCUUUCACUUUGGAAAUCGCUGCCACUGCUGAUAAGUAUGGUAUCAUUUCUUUUACAAACUUUUUAAAGGAUAAAACUGCUAAUGGUGAUCCUGUCUUUGUUGGUGCCCUCAUUGACUUUUUGGAACUCAAGGCUUCACUCGAGUAUACUCAAAAUCAAAAUGGUGCAACUCCAUCAACCGGGCUUGCCCUUCGCUCUGUCGCUGCUGCUCUUCAAUUGUUGAACACCAUUGAUAUUCCUCCUGAAAAGUUUGAACAGUACAAGGCCAUUCAAAUCCAGUGCCUUCAAUCUUACCCUCGUCUCAUCAAUUUUGGACAGGGCUAUGAUGACGCCAUUUUGGCUUAUACAAAGUCGAACUCUUUCCCCCCUGAUGUCGAAUGCGAGAUGAAGCUUUCGUAUCAACGAAUGUAUGAGCAACAAAUUGAGAUUCGAGAAAUCAUUACCAAGCUCCAAGGCUUAAAGCAGUCUCAUGAUCCUCACGAUCAAGAUGUUUUUGCUUGUAUGGUACACUCACUUUUUGAUGAGUAUCGCUUUUUCCCUGAAUAUCCUCUAAAUGCUCUUGCAACUACUGCCGUCCUUUUUGGGUCCUUAGUUUAUUUCCAGCUCAUUGAUGGUAUGCCUCUUUCUAUUGCCCUUCGAUUUAUCCUUGAUUCUCUUCGCCAACCUGUCGAUUCCAAUAUGUUUAAGUUUGGUCUCCAAGCAUUGGUUGAAUUUAAAGAACGUCUUCAUGAGUUCCCCAAGUACUGCCAUUUACUUUUGGAAAUUCCUGGUCUUCAAAUGCAUCCUCAAUUUUACCAACAAAUCAAAGAUAUUGUUUCCGCUCCUGCAAUUAUGGGUAGUGGAUUCAUUGAUAACAAACAAAAUUCUUCUGUUUUAUUUACCGCCAUCAACUUUAACUGUCAGAUCCCAGAGGAGGUUCGUCAAGAUGAACCUUCUGCUCCAAUUAUGGAACGCAUCAUGUUCCAUAUUAAUAAUUUGGCUCCGGAUAAUCUUCCCGAUAAGUCAAAACAAAUUGGCGAGAUUUUAACCCCAAGCUAUCUCCGCUGGUUUGCUUCUUACAUUAUUGGCCAACGUGCAAAGCAAGAGCCAAACUUCCAUCCCAUUUAUAUUCAACUCAUCAAUACUUUGGAGUUUAGAACAAUUGAUCUUUACUUUUCUGAGGUCACUUAUUUUGAGAUUUAUAAACUUUUAAAUGCUCCUGAAAAUCAAGUCCCCGGUGGAGAAGAUAAACGCCGCCAUUAUAUGAAAAACCUUGGCUUGUGGUUGGGUCUUUUACAUUUGAGCCGCAAUAAGCCUAUUUUACACAAGAACAUUGUUUUCAAAAAGCUUUUGUGCGAGGCCAUUGACCACGGAAAGCUUGCUGUUGUUGUCCCUUUUGUUUGUAAGGUAUUGGAUGGUGCUAAAAACUCUCGGGUUUUCAAUCUCCCCAACCCUUGGACAAUGGGACUUUUAAAGGUUCUUGCCGAACUUUAUGAUUUUAAGGAAAUGACACUUCCUCUCAAGUUUGAGAUUGAAGUUCUUUGCGCCGAGUUUAACAUAAAAGUACAGGAUUUGGAGCCUUCUUUUAUACUCCGCAAUUAUGUUGCUCAUCAUGAUCUUGACCACCGUAUUAAUAACGAGUUUCAAAAGCUCAAUUUGUCUAAAGAUGUUGGCCCUCCAAUGUUGGACCAAGUUUCCAGCCCUGCCAUUAAUAAUGAUAUGGCUAUUUUGUCUGCUCAACCUGUUGUCUACCCUAUGACUCAGAACAAACUUCUUACUCCUGAACAACAGCAGUUUCAAUUACAACAACAACAGCAGCAGCAGCAACAACAACAACAGCAGCAACAACAACAACAACAACAACAGCAGCAACAGCAGCAACAACAGCAACAACAGCAGCAGCAACAGCAACAGCAACAGCAGCAACAACUUCAACAAGGCAUCGCAUCUUUUAACGAGGCUGCUUACUUUGAACUUGCAGCCAAUUUGGAGCUUGUUGGUAGUUCUGAGAUUAUCACAAAUCCUAACAAGAAACAUUUGUUUAGUGUUGCUGUGGAAAAAGUUAUUACAGAUACUCUUGGACUAAUUGUUGAUCGUUCAGUUGCAAUUGCUUCUAUUGCCACACAGUCAUUGAUUCGAAAGGAUUUUGCUUAUGAGGUUGACGCCGAUCGUGUUCGCCUUGCCGCUCAGAAUGUUAUUAAGCACUUGGCUGCCAAUUAUUCUUUGGCUUCUGCUAAGGACCUUUUGAAAGAGUCAUUAAGCAGCAUUGUGCGUGACUUGUUUCUCAAUUCUAACCAAUUCAACAAUGAAAAUUCAUAUCCCGUUGAUCAAGUCAAUCUUGCUAUUAAUGACAACAUUGAUAAUAUUUGCAAGAUUAUUGAGCAAGCUACUGUUGACCGUGCUGGUAUUGACAUUGAUAUUGCUCUACGUGACGAUUUGAAUAGACGUCGUAUUGCUCGUGAGACUGGCACCUCUUUUGCUCCUGAUGUUCCCAACUACUCGCUGCAACUACCUGAGCCAUUUAGGAUUGAUCCUAAUGGGUUGCAACCUCAACAGUUUGCCAUUUAUGAGCACUUUGGUCAUGCUCGCCCUCUUUCUGAUCCUGUUUUGACUGCUACUGAACAACAACUUCAGGAGCAGCAGCUUUUACAGCAGCAACAGCAGCAACAGCAGCAACAGCAGCAACAACAGCAGCAGCAACAACAGCAACAGCAGCAGCAACAACAACAGCAACAACAACAGCAGCAACAACAGCAGCAGCAACAAUUACAAGUCCAAGCACAAACACCUCUUGUUCAGGAAUCUACUUUGCAACAAUUAGGUGAACAAGCUGAUCCUUUGGCCAACAAUCUCCGCGCUCUUGGUGGCUUUUUAAACCCUAGUGAGUUCCCUGCGGACCAGCUUCAGCAGUUUAUUGAUUCAGUAUUUAGCCAUGUGAUUACCGAGCUACUUAAUAUCCAGGCUCUUACUGUGAAGAACCCUAAUGCUACUUUGGCUGAUUUGAAGCCUGAUGACAAAAUCAUUCUUGGUCUCGGAGGUUUAGUUUCUGGUCUUGGACUCAAUCGUAAUGAGAUUCUUCUUGAGAAGGUGACAUCAGAAGUACUUACUACUCUUUUUGGCGAGGUUGAGAAUAAUUUGUACCGCGAGUGCCUUGCUUACGUUGUUGAUCAACUUUCCAUUGUUUCUCCAAUUACUCAACGUGAAGUUAGUCUUUUUAUUUUAACUGGUGACACUGCCAUAAAAUGCAACCCGGACGCCAUUGUUACUCUUGUCAAGUUUGGAGUUGUUUCUUGGCCCGAUUUUGAUUUCCACUUGGCCACAUUAGUGCGUUCCUCCAAGACUGCAGACUGGGUCAAGUUUGCUUGCGAUCUUAUUGGUAAAGCGGUAAUUAAAUCCAAACCCUUAACUUUCCAAAGUGACUUUGCCAAUACUUUAGAAGCUCUUGAAUCCGUUGCAUACCCAAGUGAUUCUGAAAGUGAAGAACUUGAGGAGGAGGAUGAAGAUGAAGAAGAAGAGGAGGAGGAAAAGCGUGAAGAGAAAAAGAGGAGUGGACGCAACAACAAGAAGAAGGAACAGGAAGUCAAAGAAACUGCUGAAGUCAAGGGGGAGCAAAAGCCUCUAUCUCCUAGCAAGGAACAAGUUGCUUCUUUGAUGGAAAGUUUGGAGAAGCACAAUUUAGUUUUGUCUUCGCCUUCUGUCCCCAAGCGUGCUCAGAUGAGUUUAAUUUUUGCCGAGUGGCAUCAGCUUUUAAAUCGUGCUGGUCUAAAAGACCGCUUUUUGGAUUCUUUUGUCUACCAAUUGUCUAAGCGUGGUAUUUUAGCCAAUGAUGAAUCUGUGACUAUGCUUGUUCGUGUUGCCAUUGAGUCUUCAAUUAAGGAAUUUAAUAAUGUUGUUGCAACUGAAGAUAAGAGACUUCCUUUGGAAAAGUCUACCAGGUAUAACGUUGUUGAUUCAUUGGCUCUGUUACUUGUUGCUAUUAUUAAGAAUAGCAGAGGCACUGAAAUUGAGUCACGCAUUGCCUACUUUAAGCUUUUGCUUGGCGUAAUUACUCUUAAGAUAUUUAACGAUCACGAGGAGCACGGCGAGAAGUUCCCUGAGCAGCCAUACUUUAGACUCUUGUCGACGUUUUUGUCUAGUUUUGCACACUCUUGCAGUGAAGACCCUAUUGCAGCUGGUGCCUAUAUUGCUCUUGCCGAAUCAUUUUAUGUUUUGCAGCCUAUUUGCUUGCCUGGUUUCACCUUUUCUUGGAUUUCUUUGAUUUCAAACAGGUACUUUAUGCCCUUGUUGCUUUCUUUACCUGAAAAGAAGGGAUGGGGGUCCAUGGUCAACUUGCUUGAUGCUUUGUUAAGAUUUGAGAGUUUGUAUGCCCAGGGCAAAGAGUUCCCACAGUCAAUUGCUUCUAUUUAUAAGAGUACUUUACGAGUCUUUUAUGCUACUGUCAAUGAUUUCCCUGAGUUUGUUUUAGAAUAUCAUUGGACAUUGUUAAAACACAUGCCAUCAAGUUUUGUACAGCUACGAAAUCUUAUUUUGUCUACAUUCCCUCAAGGCACACCAUUGCCUAACCCACUGACGCAAGGCUUGAAAGUCGAUCGCUUGCAGGAGAUUCGCCAGAAUCCACCGAUUGCCAUUGAUCCUGCUGAUGACUUGGUUUUGUAUGGUCUCAAGUCUCUAGUUGAUAGAUAUUUACAAGAGCCUAGUGAUAAACUUGCUAGUGGUAUUGUCAAGGGGUUAUACUUGCCCAAGUCACAUGGCGAGUCGGGAAUUGGAUUUGAUGCUGUAAGUGUUGAUAGUGCAGCUGUUAAUGCUCUUGUGCUUUACAUUGUGAUGGAUGCUUCUAAGGAGCCUGUUGAGGAGGGUCAGAAUGCUCCUUUGUUUGACCGGGAUUCUUCUCACUUAUCAUUGAUUUCUGAGCUUCUUGAGCGGUUAAGCAUUGAAGGCAAGUACUUUGUGUGCGAGGCUAUGGCCAACCAGCUUCGGUAUCCUAAUCGUCACACACAUUUUUACAGCUGUGUUUUGUUGAGUUUGUUUGGGACUUAUGGAACCAUGCGGUUGGGUGAUUUGAAGAAUGAGGUGUGCCAGUUAAUUACACGAGUUCUUUUGGAGCGCAUCAUUUCUAACCGCCCUCACCCAUGGGGUCUUGUUAUUACAUUUACCGAACUUUUGCGUAACAACAAUUAUAAGUUUUGGGAGCUUCAAUUUACUAAGGAGCAUCCUGAGAUUGAGCGCAUGUUUUCAUUAUUGUAUGAUCAUAUUAGUGGAGGUGGGUCAAGCCCAUUUUCGCUAGGGACCGCGAGCACUACAAUUACUGGAGGCAAUAAUAACAAUAAUAACCCUGAACAGCAACAGCACCCGUCGUUGUCAACGUCUUCGUUGUCAACUCAGGUAGAGUCGUCGGUUACACCUAAUGCAGCAGCAGCAGCAGCAGCAUCGGGAGCAGCCGCGGGUUCUGAAGCUAGUGUCCUGGGUCAACCUUUGUCGGUUCAGGUUGCCCCGGGUCAGAAUUAA